GUCCUCACAGCCACACACACACUGCCAGCGUGCCCUGCGUCCCGUGUUUCGGGACACGUGGAGCCUCGCCUCGCUCAUAUAUGCCUGGCUCAACGCUGGACUCUACCAUUCAAUCCCGCUCCCCUCAUACCACCCACACCGGUGCACCUCUCGGUCUGCUUUUUGCUUCCUUUUCUCAUCAACAAGUGUCAAGGUUACUUAUAUUUCCACCUGUUUAGUUACUGGCCCAGCAAGAUGGGACUACUACUGUCUCGCAUACUGUCCUUGGUUCAGAGCAAAAAACCCUGCAGGAUUUUAAUGGUCGGUCUUGACGGCGCCGGGAAGACUACGAUUCUCUACAAACUGAAGCUUGGGGAAGUUGUAUCCACUGUCCCGACCAUUGGAUUCAAUGUGGAGACAGUGGAGUACAAGAACAUCUCGUUUACCGUAUGGGACGUGGGCGGCCAGGAAAAGCUGCGACCCCUGUGGCGGCACUACUUCACCAACACCUCCGCCAUUGUGUACGUGGUUGACUCCAAUGACCCCGCCAGGCUGUCCGAGGCGAAGGAAGAGCUCGACGUGAUGAUGCGUGACGAGGAGAUAGCCGGCUGUCCCCUGCUGGUGCUGGCCAACAAGCGGGACCUGCCUUGUGCCCCGCCCCUCGCCACCAUCACAGACUCGCUUGGCCUCCACAGCCUUCAGAGGGACUGGCAUAUCCAGCCCACGUGUGCCCCUACCUCUGAUGGCAUUUAUGAGGGUUUGGACUGGCUGGCUACAAAAUUAAGAUAAACCUGGGCUUGGAGUGUUAAGUUUUCAUAUUGAUGUUCGGAUUAGAGAAUAUUGAAUAUAUUGAAUACAUUUCAAAACUAGUGUAUAUAAAAAAUGCUUAAACUAUAGCAGCAGCUUCAAGUCAUUAUUUAAAGGCAGAGGUUCUCAACUAGGGUCGCCACCCCUCUAAGGUCGAUACUUCUGGGGGUCGCCACCCCUCUAAGGUCGAUACUUCUGGGGGUCGCCACCCCUCUAAGGUCGAUACUUCUGGGGGUCGCAAGAUUUCUAGAAUGUGAAAAUACAUCAGAGAACACAGUUUGAGUUUAUUAAACCCCAAUUUUUCUUUUAUAUAUGUUUUAAAGCAACCCCCACGUAACCUCCGAACUCACGUUAACCUAACACUAUAUUGGAAAUAAAUGGAUUUCCCUGCUGAGCAUUACAAAAAUGCAUACAUAUGAUAGUUUACUAACAAAUAUAAACUAUAAAAGAUAAAAACUUACUUGUUAAGUAUCACAGUUGUGCAGUUUUUCAUAAAAAAAAUAUACAUGAUGAACUUUGUUAAUCAGUGUUGCUUUUAGUGAUCCUAAUAAAAAUCUGUGGUA